UCGAAACAUGUUGUAAAGUGAAAGUCGGAAAGUUGUUAUUGAACUUGUCAAAUGAACUUCGGAGAAAUAAACUAUUUCUUUAAAAUGUAUGUGAAAAAUUUGGGUAAAGUGUUAUAAAUCAUGGCGGCGUCAAAUAAAGAGAGGAAUUUCUACCCUGAAACAACACCUCAAACUAGCAACUCACCCGUACCUGCAUUCCAAGUGGAAACAACAUUUGGUGCUUCAAACUUUCCUCCUAUAACAACAGUUCGACAUAAUGAAGAUUCAGAUAGUGAAUAUUAUAAUUAUUUAAGUUCCACUGCUAGUACUCCACCUGGAACAUUGGCUACUAGAAACACUGUAGUGGAUAAUCUUGGGAUAGCACCACUAUCAAGUUUAUUACAAGUACCAGCCAAUCCUGUACAACGUAAUAAUUCUACCACCAGCAGUAAUAGAUCAUUAUUGAUAGCUGAUAAAGAAGAUGAAAUAUUAGUGUUUGUGGAAGUACCAAAUAAAACUCUGUAUUGUAAAUUAUGCCAGAAUAUCUUUCAUGAUCCUGUUAUUGUUGCAUGUGGGCAUACUUAUUGUAAAAGAUGUGUCAAAGUGAAUACAGAAAAUCAGUGUCCAGUAGAUAAUCAGAAACUAUCAGUAGUUGUUGCUAAUAUAGCCGUAUCUGAACAAAUAGGAGAACUAUUUAUACAUUGUAAAUAUGGUUGUCAUCUAGCAGAAGAUGGUGUAAGUUAUAAACUAGACCUAGCAUUAUGUCCUGUUACAGUGAAAAUAGCAGAUAGACAAGAACAUGAAUCAGACUGUGAUUAUAAACCUGUAGAUUGUCCUAAUAAAGCUGGUUGUCCACAAUUAUUAAAAAAGGAUUUAGAAGACCAUCUAAGAUCCUGUAAUAAUGUUCGUUGUCCUCAUAAAAAAUAUGGAUGUGAUUUCGUGGCUACGCAAGAAGAAUUGGAAGAACAUUUAAAACAUUGUAAAUUUGAAAGUAUGAAAGAAUUCUUACAAAGAUCUGAAGAAAAGAUGUCCGACAUGCAGCUAACUGUCUUACAAAAAGAUCAAGAAAUUGAAUUUUUACGUUCCAUGUUGGGAAAAUUGGCUGAAAGAUUGGAAAUGUUAGAAAAAUCUGUAGACAUCAAAUUAGAAUUAGUGGAACAUAAUCAAAGUAAAAUAAUGAAUGAAGUUAUGGAUAAUAGAAGAGAAUAUUCAACAUUAGCUGAACAAAUAGCAUUAAUGAACAAUAGAUUAGAUUUAGGUGCCACUGCUGGAGCUUUUGAUCCUAUAUCAAUGUUCAAAUGUAAAGGUACUUGUGUGGGUCAUCAGGGACCAGUGUGGUGUUUAUGUGCUUUAGGUGAUUUUCUAUACAGUGGCUCUUCUGAUAAAACAGUGAAGGUAUGGGAUACAAGUGCAAAUUUUCAAUGUGUGAAAACUUUAGAAGGACAUACUGGUAUUGUAUUGGCAUUAUGUACAUAUGGUAAAAAACUCUUCAGUGGUUCACAAGACUGUAAUAUUCUGGUAUGGGAUAUAGAUACAUUUGAAACUAUUAAAUGUAUAGCAGCUCAUGAUAAUCCUGUAUGUACAUUAACUUCAGCUAGAAAUAUGAUAUUUAGUGGUUCACUGAAAGUUAUAAGGGUAUGGGAUGCCUAUACCUAUGAGAUGAAACAAGAAAUAACAGGUUUAAACCAUUGGGUGAGAGCUCUAGCUGCUACUGCUGAUUAUUUAUAUAGUGGUUCUUAUCAAACUAUCAAGAUAUGGGAUCUAGGAACAUUAGAAUGUGUUAGAAUGUUAGAAACAUCAGGUGGAAGUGUUUAUAGUAUAGCUAUUACUAGUCAUCAUAUAUUAUGCGGUACUUAUGAAAAUUGUAUAAAUGUCUGGGAUACUAAUUAUGUACAUACAACAACUUUAAAUGGACAUUCUGGUACAGUGUAUGCUUUAUCUGCGUUACAAACAGCGUCUGGUACUAAAGUAUUCAGUGCUUCCUAUGAUAGAUCUUUACGGGUAUGGAGUAUGGAUAAUAUGAUAUGUACCCAAACAUUAGUCAGACACACUGGUAGUGUAGCCUGUUUAGCUGUUUCUAGAGGUCGAAUAUUUUCUGGAGCUGUGGACAGUACUGUCAAGGUAAUUGAUAUAUACAUAUUUUACUUGAAUGACAUUUGA